CUGGAGAAGAACAGUGCUGGUGAUUGCUACACUGAAACAGCACAGCAGGGCUGGCAGGCAGAGAUCUCAGGAUGGGAGCGCACUUUAUAAACUGGGUUAUCAUAUCACUAUGGGCAGGAUCUUCAGCUCUGGUAGUAACGCCUGUCACAGACCCUGUGAUCAGCAAGGUUGGAGACAAUGUAAUGCUGGAGAUUAAACCCCCUGGAGUUCUAGGUGCAGUGGCAUGGUUUUUCAGCCCUGCAAAGAUCCCUGUGGUGUCAUGGGUCGGAUCAGACCCAGUCAUAGGCGCUGGAUAUGAGAACAGAGUCACCCUGAACACAGCUACAGGAUCAGUGGAGCUCAGAUCUGUGAACAUCAGCGACGAUGGAGUGUAUGCAUUUCAGGGCACUACCUUUACACCAGGAAGAGAACCAUUCAGUGGAAGUGUUACCUUGAAAGUUUAUGAGCGGAUAACUAAUGUAAAUGUGAAACCCAGCCCUGCACAGCCAAUAGCAAACCAGACUCUAAAGCUGACCUGCGAGGUGCUUGGAUCACAGACUGUUCCCUCAAGGCUCUGGCUGAAGGAUGGUCAGCCCUUGUCCACUAGUGACAGAAUAACAUUGUCUGUGGACAGCAGUGUAGUCUCCUUCAACCCAGUGCUGCAGUCUGAUGAUGGAGAAUAUCAGUGUAAAGCCAGUAACCCUGUAAGUGACGCGACAAGCGCUGGAUACAGAUUGGAGGUUAAUUAUGGACCACAGCAGGCAUCUAUUACAGCCCCAGACUCAGCAGCUGAAGGCUCAUCUGUAACAUUCACAUGUUCGGCUCAGUCUCUCCCCCCUUGUAUUUACACCUGGUAUUUCAAUGGGACAGAGACUGCCCAGAGCUCGCAAUACAAGAUAGCUUCUGUAAGCAAUGCUGAUAGGGGAAGUUACACCUGUGUAGCCUGGAACUCAGUGACUGAAAGAAAGAGUUCUGCAGUAAAGGAAUUUACUAUGACUGCAGCAGCUAAUUCUGGGUCCUUGACAGGAGGGGAGAUUGCAGGAAUCGUCUUUGGCACACUUGCAGGCGUUGCCCUCAUUGGUGUUAUACUGUAUUUCUGCCUGAAAAAAUGUGGCCAUUAACGCAAAUGAUAAGGCAGACAACAUUCACUACGCUGACCCCAAAUUUCUAAAAAACAAUACAAGUGGCCAAAGGAUACAGAUGGAAGAGACUACUACUGAAUACGCCCAAGUCGCAGGCCGGCCCGCUGGAAAGAAUAGACCAGCAGUGUAGGGUUGGGGUUG